AUGGCCCAGGAUCUCCGAGGAUUGAUAGAGUCAGCUGUGGAUCAACGUCGAUCGCGGAACCGAAGGACUGAGCUUGCUCCUCAUGGGAUUGGCUUCCCUAUGACGACACCGAGGCCUGAAGUCGUGAUGCUCGUUACCCCGGUCAUCACUUCUACGAGCACCACCGCCACCACCGAGUCAUCAACCUCCACGUCUACUGGCACUUCUAUUAGCACUCCUACAGUGGCUGUGGUCGCCGACUAUACUGAGAGGCCCCACGAGCUAUAUCAUGAUAAACGUCACGAGCUGACACCAACUGCUGGAGAAAAGGAUCUUGGAGAAUCUUUGGGGUGCGGUCAGCCAUCCGGACUUGCAAUGUAUAAUUACGCCUUCGAUUUCACGUUCGAUGGGGCGGAACAGGGAAGUGGAAAACAGGAUGGUCGGCAAGAGAGCGAUGGACAUUCUGAGGAAGAAAUGAAUGCUGAUAGCUAUGGGCCUUCGCGUCGCGAACCGUUUGGAACUGGUAGCACUUACGACGGCGACAUUCCCGUGCAGUCGUCGCUACCCCGAGAGAGAGCGAUCACUCAGCCAGGGGCUUAUGAGGGCUCUGGAGUAGUUGAUGGACGCGCGAGUCCUAUGAAUAACGAGGAUGGGGUACCGGAAGAAGAUGAUGCGGAUGGCCCAUCGGUAGAAGAGGGAACUGACGAUGUUUGGUCGCCACAUUCCGCCGAGUUGGUCGAUCGCCCCAUGAAGCUCAGGGGUUCCCCGAGGCUCUAUACAAGCCAACAGGAUAGUAACCGCAGGAAGCGGCCGAUACGGAAUAAUAACAGCCCUUCCCUCGAGCCUGUCGAUUCCGCUAAAAACAUGCGCGAUAACUCGGGGGAUGAUGAUGCUACUUAUACGGAGACUGUAGAGGAGGUGGGAAAAGAGGAAACUCGGCAAACUUUUGGUGGUGGGGAACCUUACUCUGAAACCGUAGAAGAGGUCGGUAGGCCGGAAUCGAGGCGAACUUUCGGGAGUAAUUCAAAUUUGAAAGAAACGCAGAAAGUUUCUGAUGGGGAAGCGUACUCUGAGACUGUUGAGGAAGUGGGCAGACCGGAGACUCGGAGAACUUUCAAUAUUCAGCCUGAUUCGAAAGGACUGCGGCAAGAUGCUGACGAGAAAGCAUAUUCGGAGACUGUGGAGGAAGUGGGGAGGCCGGAGUCAAGGACGAGUUUUGGGGGUCAUAUGAAUUCUGAGGGUCUGCGGGAUAAUGAACCGUCAGAGCAGGAGAUGCUUGAGGCUUUCAAAUCAGCAGGUUUGGAGGAAGCAUUUUCGAAGGGGGAAGGAUGA